AUGAAUACUCAAGAGCAAUGGGCUUUGAAUACAUUUGUGACACAGGAUAUAUUAGGCACAGGGUCUUAUUCACAGGUCGAUUUAGCUAAAUCAAAAAUAACAGGAAAAUUAUAUGCAAUCAAAUGUGUGCAUAAAUUACACCUAAUCAGGAACAAAAAGGUUAAAUAUGCCUCUAUUGAGAGAGAUUCUAUGCAAAAAUUAUUAAAGGCAUUCCUUAAAAGUAAUAGUACUAGUAGUAAUAUUUCUUAUUUUGGUUGCGUAAUAUUGUUUGCCACAUUACAAGAUAAGGACUCAUUAUACUAUAUCAUGGAAUACCUUCCAAAUGGCGAUCUAUUAAGGUAUAUUCAAGAAGACUCAACUAAUGCUCAAAAUGAAUCCAGUAUUGCUUAUAUUGGAGCACAAUUAAUUGACGUCAUUAGAUUUAUCCAAAGUCAUGGGAUCAUCCAUAGAGACAUUAAACCCGAAAAUAUACUUUUUACGGAUAAAUGGACAGUUAAGUUAUCUGACUUCGGAUCUGCUAAAAUCUUGACUCCCCUAGAUGAUAAACAUGAUGAACAUGACGAUGAUAGGAAUGAAACUUAUAAUCUUCUGACCCGUUCAAACUCAUUUGUAGGCACAGCAGAAUAUGUGACACCAGAAUUAUUGGCUUCAGGAUACACUGAUUAUAGAUGUGAUUAUUGGGCAGCAGCAUGCAUCUUUUAUCAAAUGAAAUUUGGAAUCCCACCGUUUAAGGAUAAAACUGAGUAUUUAACUUUUAAAAAAAUCACAGACUGUGAUAUAAAUGAAAUUCUCUCGAAUAGUCCAAAUAAUAUAUCAUCGCAAUUGACUGAUCUGGUUAAAGGGGUUCUUAAUAAAGAUAUAGGUCAAAGAUUGAGUUUACAUGAUAUUAUAACACACCAAUUCUUUAAAAACCAUAACAUAGAUUUCACAAAACCAGAGACUGUAUGGUCACCAAGACCUGAUUUAUUUAGAUGA